AUGGCGCCUCACCUCCAAGACGAAGUCUACGCCAGCUCCCUGAAGGAUCCCGAGGCCUUCUGGGCACAUCAAGCCGCACAGCUGCACUGGCACAAGAAGCCGUCGCGCUCAUUGAACAAGAGCACGAAGAAGCUUAAGAGCGGCGCCAGCCAUCCCCAUUGGAGCUGGUUCCCGGACGGCGAGAUCUCGACAACAUAUAACUGCGUCGACAGACACGUCGAGGCCGGAAAUGGCGACUCGACGGCCAUCAUAUGGGACAGCCCUGUGUCGAACAACAAGGAGCUGUACACGUACAAGGAGCUGCUCGAUGAAGUGGAAACGCUGGCCGGUGUGCUGCGGGAAGAAGGUGUUCGGAAGGGCGAUGUAGUGCUCGUUUAUAUGCCAAUGAUACCAGCCGCCAUCUUUGCUCUGCUCGCAAUUGCUCGUCUGGGUGCUAUACACGCCGUCGUUUUCGGAGGCUUCUCACCGCCAGCCCUAGCUCAGCGCAUGGAAGCCUGCAAGGCGAAGGCCAUUAUGACCGCUUCGUGCGGCAUUGAAGGAGCGAAGGGCGCGUCAAGCUAUCAGCCGCUCAUUGAGAGGGCGGUGGAUAAGAGCAGUCACAAGCCGCAAAGGAUAAUCGUUUGGCAGCGUGACCAGCUUCGUUGGGAUCCGAUCAAGAAGGACAGGGGCGAGCGCAACUGGCAGAGGUUGGUGAAGAGCGCGAAGAACAGAGGGCUGAAGGCAGAUGCGGUGCCUGUCAAAAGCAACGAUGGGCUGUAUAUAAUCUAUACGAGUGGAACCACUGGCUUACCGAAAGGCGUACUCCGAGAAGCGGGUGGCCACGCUGUAGGUCUGAACUUCUCGAUCAAGUAUACAUUCGGCAUACACGGCCCAGGCGACGUCAUGUUCUGUGCCUCAGACAUCGGCUGGGUGGUUGGCCACUCAUAUAUUGUCUACGCCCCACUACUCGCAGGUGCCACUACCAUCUUGUUCGAGGGCAAGCCGGUUGGUACGCCUGAUGCGGGCACCUUCUGGCGCAUCGUCGAAGAGUACAAAGUGAACACCAUGUUCACUGCUCCGACAGCUUUGCGAGCCAUCCGCCGUGAUGACGGUGACAACGAUCUGUUCGAAGAGCGGGGAAGGAGAGGCGGCUUGAAGACCUUGAGGGCGCUGUUUCUCGCCGGAGAGCGAAGUGAACCGAGCAUCGUGCAGAUGUACCAGCAUCUGCUUGAGAAGCAUUGUGCUGACGGAGCGAUCGUCAUCGACAACUGGUGGUCAUCAGAAUCUGGGUCACCGAUCUCCGGGCUGGCCUUGACCCCAGCUGCGGGCAAGGAUUUUAGCACGAAGCAACGUGAUCAGCCACCGCGCAUGAAGCCAGGGUCUGCGGGUAAACCGAUGCCAGGCUUUGAUGUGCGGGUAGUGGACGAUGAGGGCAACGAAAGGAAGCCCGGCUUGCUGGGUAAUGUGGUUCUUGGCAUCCCGCUCUCCCCCACGGGUAUGACUACGCUUUGGGAAGACGACGAACGGUUCUACAAGGGUUAUAUGAAGAGAUUCGAUGGGAAGUGGAUAGAUACGGGAGACGCUGGUAUGAUCGAUGCGGAUGGUUAUGUACACAUCAUGUCACGUUCAGACGACAUCAUCAACGUGGCUGCCCAUAGGUUUAGCACAGGCGCCAUCGAGCAAGCUAUCACAUCCCAUCCCGACAUUGCAGAGUGUGCCGUAGUCGGCAUUCCGGACUCGCUCAAAGGCCAUCUUCCAUUCGCAUUCAUCUCGCUCCAGACCCACCACCACAAGCACGCCGCCGUUCCAGACGACGCGCUCUUCAAGGAAGUACAGAAGGCUGUGCGCGAGCAGAUCGGGGCUAUAGCGAGCUUAGGCGGUAUGAUUCAAGGCAAAGGCAUGAUCCCGAAAACCCGAAGUGGCAAGACAUUGCGGCGAGUCCUGAGGGAGCUCCUGGAGAACGCUGUACAUGGCGAGUUUGCGAAAGAGGUCCAGGUGCCGACGACUAUCGAAGAUGCGGAUGUCGUUGAAGUGGCCAGGAAGCAAAUCAAGGAGUAUUUCAAGACCAAGGGCGGGCUGCACAAGGCAACGGAGACGAGGGCGAAGCUAUGA